ACGGCAAACUACGAUGUACUAAGAGAAACAGAGGCGGCAACCGAAGAAAAAUAACAACAUGGCGUCGCAGUACUACCAAGAUUUGCAAGAGCACUUUAAGAAUAACAAUAAAAGUCGUGAGUUUCCAGCGCAUAGCGCCAAAGUUCAUUCAGUUGCUUGGAGUUGCGAUGGCAGGAGACUUGCGUCAGGAUCAUUCGACAAAACAGCGAGUGUAUUCGUGCUGGAGAAAGACCGACUGGUUAAGGAAAACAACUACAGAGGUCAUGGCGAUAGUGUAGAUCAGCUGUGCUGGCACCCUACUAACCCGGAUCUUUUUGUGACGGCCUCUGGAGACAAGACCAUCAGGAUCUGGGAUGUCAGGACGACCAAAUGCAUUGCAACCAUCAGCACGAAAGGUGAAAACAUAAACAUAUGCUGGAGCCCAGAUGGACAAACCAUCGCUGUUGGAAACAAAGAUGAUGUGGUCACUUUCAUUGAUGCAAAAACUAACCGGUCAAGAGCUGAAGAACAGUUCAAGUUUGAGGUCAACGAGAUCUCGUGGAACAACGACAAUGACAUGUUUUUCUUGACAAACGGAAGUGGCUGCAUCAAUAUUUUAAGCUACCCUGAGCUGAAGCCCAUCCAGUCCAUCAACGCACACCCCUCCAACUGCAUCUGCAUCAAGUUCGACCCCACGGGGAAGUACUUCGCCACGGGCAGCGCAGACGCGCUGGUCAGCCUGUGGAACGUGGAGGAGCUGGUGUGUGUGCGCUGCUUCUCACGACUGGACUGGCCGGUGCGAACUCUGAGCUUCAGCCACGAUGGGAAGAUGCUGGCCUCUGCGUCCGAGGACCACUUCAUUGACAUCGCGGAGGUGGAGACAGGGGAGAAGCUGUGGGAGGUACAGUGCGAGUCCCCCACGUUCACAGUGGCCUGGCAUCCCAAGCGCCCUCUUCUGGCCUACGCCUGCGAUGACAAGGAGGGAAAGUACGACAGCAACAGAGAGGCUGGCACUGUCAAGCUCUUUGGACUGCCGAACGACUCCUGAACAAUCGUCCCUUUUUCCACUCACUGGCACACACACACACACACACACACACACAGUCAGCCAAAGUUAGAACAAGUCAGAAUAGAUAUCCAAACUCAUUCUUAUGCAUAUGGCCUCCAUAUAGCUGUCUGAUCUCACACACACACGAAUGUGCAAACAGUCUUUGUUUGUAUGGUAUGGCAGUGUAUACACAUGCACAUAAGUAAAACAAACACACAGACACACUCAUACAUCCAACCUGUUGCCUGGUCUCCGCGGUGUCCAAGGCUUUGGUUUACCCACAGCAACAGUAGUGAGAGACUGGCAUUGAUAACUACUACCCUUUUAUUGAUGCCUAUCUGGGCCAGUAUUACUUCAGCAGUGCAUUAGUCCUUACUGUAUUGGAAUUCAUAAUUGGCCCCUAUUGGCCCACCAUACUUGCUCUCUGCAGAUUCAGCAACUCUAAGAUUUGUUGUACAUUGGUAUUUUACGGACUCCACACUCCAUUGUCUGUUAUGCAAGCUGUUGUAGUCUGUAGAGUCUACCUAAGCCUGCUAGCAGCUAGCAGACACAGCUGAGGGGACGGGUAAAUACUGCACAGCUGAAUAGUGGGAUAGAGUAUGCUGUGGCAUUUGGUUUAGAAGUUCUUCCCACUCUACCCAGAGUGCUUCUAAAGGAUGAUAUCCUGGGAGGGAAAGGCAGCUCUUGAAACUUUUGUGGACUUUUUGAAUUACACUAUAAGUUGGUUAGAGAGGAAUAAUUAUGUUGAUGGACCAGGCCUACUAAGGUUCAGACUGCGAGACGCAUUGCAGACUGUUAAGGGUCUGUGGCAAUUUUUGUUUCUCUAUCAUUUCCCCUCCUGUUCAGUACUGCGAGUAGUUAAAGGCCUAUAAAGAAAGGAGUGCUGGGUCAGAAUAGUGCUGGGUUUAUUGAUACUAGUUGGGGUUCUGUAAGGAAGUGACACACUUCCACUGAUGACCUGCAGAGGGCAGUAUUGUAUAUCUUUUAGGGGUUGUGUACUCAAACCACAUUCCAUGGUUGUCCUCCCCUCAAAAGAAAGAGGGAGUUGCAGAGUUGUUUUGAAAUAUUUACCACCUUCUGUUGUUGUUUUUUUUUUUUUUAUAUAUUAAAAUGUGAAAAACACCACUUUGGACACCA